UAUGAGAGCCUCGUGGAAUAUAAUCACAGGCCUCUCGCCGGGGUUUGCUUCCUCUACCAGGCCACCAAGGCACCUUUACCGAACCAUCAACAAGCUAGAGUACCAGACGCCUUACCCUUGCAUAUGUUUAUACAAAGAAUCAAAGGUGCCACGACUCGCCAACUCGCCAUGUCGUUCUCCGUGCAAACCGUUCCCCAGCAAGAAGCCGAUGCGCAAGCGGAGGAAACCAACCAGCAACUCUACCAGCGUUUCACCGACCUGGUCUCCUCCCUGCCGAGCUCCGAUGGCCUGUCGCUCCAGCGGCUCUACCUCCACGGCCAAGGCUGGCGCGCCGGCCAGAUGCCCAUGGUCGGUGCCAUGGUCGCCGGCGCCCGCUUCGCCGCGCGGCCCACGGACGUCGUCCUCGCCAGCCUGCCCAAGACCGGCACCACGUGGACCGAAGCGCUCCUCUACGCCACCGUGCGCCGGCGGGAGCACCCUCCGGACGCCGCCGACCACCCUUUCCACUCCUUCGGCCCCCACGAGUGCGUCCAGAACUUGGAGUACCAGAUCUACUACACUUGCGGUAGAGUCCCCGACAUCGGCGACCUCCCGGAUCCGAGGCUCUUCUCCACGCACGUCCCCUUCGCGGCGCUGCCGGGGUCUGUCGCCGGCGGCGGCUGCAAGGUCGUGUACGUGUGCCGCGACCCCAAGGACACCCUGGUCUCUCUAUGGCACUUCAUAAACAAGUUCAGGGCCAAGGAGGGGAUGGCGCUCCUCUCCGCCGAGGUCGCCGCCGACAUGUUCUGCGCCGGCGAGUCGUCGUUCGGCCCGUACUGGGAGCACGUGCUCGGGUACUGGCGUGCGCACCUGGCGCGGCCCGACUGGGUGCUCUUCUUCCGGUACGAGGAGAUGGUGAGGGACCCCGCGGCGCACGUCCGGCGGCUGGCGGAGUUCGUGGGGCUCCCGUUCGGCGGUGCUGGCGAGGACGGCACGGCGGACGCCAUCGUCAGGCUGUGCGCUUUCGAGCACAUGUGCGGGCUUGAGGCGACGAAAAGCGGCAGGACGGUGAUGGGGGCCAUCUCUCUGGAGAACAGCAUCUUCUUCCGGCGUGGCGUGGUGGGGGACUGGGUGAACCACCUCUCACCGGAGACGGCGCGGCGCAUCGACGACAUCACGCGCUCCAAGUUCGAGGGCUCCGGUCUCACCGUCUAGCGUCGUCCUCGAUCUUCAGUUGUUCGUAGCCUACAAUUCCACUUUGUCAUUACGUUGCCUUGCUAUACAUUGUGGAAAUAGGCUCGACCAAUCCAAACUAUGUUCCAUCUAUAUCAUCUCUGGGUAGGGGACGUAGCAUGUUUUGUUGUUUUUUUUUCUAUGGUCAGAAUAAAUUACUCAUCCUUGUGUAACUAGUGUUAUUUCCUUUUCUUUUUUAUUUUUACUUCAUAUUACAUCAAAAUGACAUUUAAAUUGCAGCUUUAA